AUCAGGCAUGCUGCUUGAUCAUUGCUAAACUCCUGACACUUUGGACCCAGCAUGGAGACGGGAAAGCAGCUAACAGGCACUCUAGCUCUGGCUGUGUUCACAGCCACUCUGGGAUCCCUACAAUUUGGAUACAGUCUUGGAGUCAUCAACGCACCCCAAAAGAUCAUUGAAAAGAGUUAUGGCCAGUCCCUGGGUGUGUGGACAGAAAGGGCUGCUGGCUCAUCAGAAAACAUCACAGAAGAAGACCCAGGUCACCACCCUUCUGUGAUCAUGUAUUGGUCAUUGUCAGUGGCAAUCUUCUCCAUCGGUGGCAUGGUAUCCUCCUUCUUGGUUGGAUUUGUGGGCGAUCUGAAAGGGAGGGUAAAAGGGAUGUUAAUGAUCAAUGUUCUGGCUGUAGCAGCUGGACUGCUGAUGGGUCUUUGUAAGAUGUGGAAGCCACACAUCAUGAUCAUCUCAGGCCGCGCUGUUAUGGGUUUCUAUUGUGGUCUGGCAUCUGGGCUAGUCCCUAUGUACAUUGGGGAGAUUGCACCAAAAGCUUACAGAGGAUCUCUGGGAGCAUUACACCAGCUCGCUGUUGUCAUUGGCAUUCUAAUCAGCCAGGUAAUAGGUUUGGAUUUUGCGCUUGGUAAUGAUAAAAUGUGGCCCCUGUUGCUUGGUCUGUCUGGAGCUCCAGCAAUAUUACAAUCCCUUCUGCUGCCUCUUUGUCCUGAGAGUCCACGAUACCUUUACAUCCUAUUGGGCAAGGAGCAAGAGGCUCGACAAAGUCUGUGUCGUCUAAAGGGGCCGUAUGAUCCAACUAUGGAUCUGGAAGAGAUGAGAAGGGAAAAAGAAGAGGCAAACAAAGAGGCCAGAGUCUCUAUCUUUUCUUUGAUCUGCUCUUCUGUAUACAGAAAACAGCUGGUUGUUGCCCUCAUGAUGCACCUCUCUCAGCAGUUGUCUGGCAUCAAUGCUAUCUUUUACUACUCUACCGCUAUCUUCUCUCGAGCUGGUGUCAGUCAUCCAGUUUAUGCCACUAUAGGAGUCGGGGUCAUCAACAUGAUCUUCACUAUGGUGUCUGUGGCACUGGUGGACAGGGCUGGCAGACGCACUCUAACUCUGGUUGGUCUUGGGGGAAUGUGUUGCUGUGCUGUUGCCAUGACAGUGGGCCUCAAAUUGCAGAAUGAAUAUUCGUGGAUGAGCUACGUCAGCAUGUCAGCUAUCUUCCUCUUUGUAAGUUUCUUUGAGAUUGGGCCUGGUCCCAUUCCGUGGUUCAUAGUGGCUGAACUGUUCAGCCAGGGACCUCGACCUGCUGCUAUUGCUCUAGCUGGCUGCUGUAACUGGACCUGCAACUUCGUCAUAGGCAUGACCUUUCAGUAUAUACAGGAUUGGUUGGGUUCUUACGUGUUCAUCCUGUUUGCCGUGCUGCUUCUUGGCUUCGUACUAUUUAUUUAUUUUCGGGUGCCGGAAACCAAGGGCAAAUCCUUUGAAGAGAUUGCUGCUAUCUUCCACAAGGGACGUCAGAUCCCUACAGAUAAUAGUGAACUGCAAGAGCUUAAAUCAUCCACAGAUGCCUAAAACAAAAGCUGUUUGCUUUUGAAGUCUUAUUCUAUGAUAUACAAGUGUAUGUUCGAUAUUAUUUCAUAGAUGCUCGUUUAUCACACACUUAUCAAUUUAGUGUUAUAACGACUACCUGAUUUGUUAAAGAGAAAUGUUUUAAGGUUUGUGAACUACACAAAAACCAACGCUGAAAUGUUGGAAAGUGUCAUGUUUCCGUUAUGCACGGAGAAAGGUUUACAUUUUAUCAAAAUAUGAGGGAAACUUUCAAAGAAGCUACAAUCAUUUUACACUGACAACACAUGACAUGACUGACUCUACAGAAAAUUACAACCCAACUCUGCAGUUCACCUCAGCUCUGCGAGACUUAGUUUAUAUAUGUAGCGUCAUUAGUUUCCAGGAUACUUACUACUGUUUUGGUUCUCUUUUAUCAUCCUCAUAGUGAUAUUUAGAGCCAUUGCACACUAUUAUUUUUAAGUAUAUAAACUAAAUGUAAACUACCUACUCAAGACCAAAACUGAAUAGAGACCAGCUUAUGAAUACUGAAAUAUUUAGGAGCUAAAGAGCUAGAUAUCGGCAUAAGAACAAGGGGAGAGCAACAAAUAGAGCAAAAAGGAGAAUGAAUAUUGGAUAUGAAUUCAUCCUUGGUUUCAAAUUAAUACUAAUUUUGCUCUUUGUGCUAGUGUGUAAAAUACUCAACUUAUCAGCUUUCAUCUUCUGCCCCCAAGUGGUUAUAAAAAAUAGUGCUAGAUUAUUGGCAUUAAAGCAUGAAAAAACUUAAAACUGUGCUAUUAAUGAAUGAGCUAAUGAAACAGCACUGAUGUUUAAACUUGAAACACAAGAGACAAAAAACUAUUAUGCUGUAUGAAUGUUUAGCUGCCACCACCGGAUAUUAUUGACUUACAGGAGCAUGUCAGUAUUUUCUGUGCAUUCAGAAACUUAUUAUGUCUAUUGUUACUGGUUGUUUAAUAUGUCACCUUUAAUCUGCAGAAUAAUGUAUGUAUAUCCAUGUAUGUGUCUUACACAAAUGGAGUUACCCAGUGAGUAUAUUAAUAGGGAGUGCAAGCCUUUGUUUACUUUGUAAAACUGAUCAGUGCUUUGAAAGCUAAUCAUGGUGUAGUCCCUGUUGUGAUGUUAAAUUACGUGAAUUUGAAAGAACAUUGAUUUAUACUCAGUUUAGAUUGAAGUGAAGUAUUAGAUGUGAUUUUAAAGACUGAUAAAGAUUUAUAUUAUAAUUAUUAUUAUUAAUUUUUGCAUCAUCUUACAAAGUGCACCUGUAAAAAAAAAAGAAAAAAGAAAAACGUAAAAAAAGGAGGAACUUUGUGUGUUUACAGUAUGUAGCAACACACAAAAAAGGCCAGUCACUUUGGAAAUUCCAUGCAAAGAGAACAGAUGGUUGGAGAUGAGUGUUUAACUGAUAAUAGAAGAAAUUUACUUUGCUUUCAGACACAUCUGCUUACCCUGAAACACAAUCUGUUUUACGCAGCCCCCAGCAACACCCAGGGAAUAAUUCAAGACCAAUUUGCAGUUGUCAGUGUCAUCACUUCACUGUAAGCACCACUGUUGUGCUGUAAAUUAAAAUCAUCAUGGGUUAAUGCACACAUGGAAACACAGGAUGGUGCUUUUUCUAUCUAUGUUUAUCUUUAACCACAACAAUAACAACCUUUGCCCUAGAGAAAUAUAUAUAAAUUGUAAUGUUCACAUUACAAGUUAACAGGCCAUAUACUUUAUGCUUUUAAGAAAAUAUAAUGUCUGAUUUUCUUUGUACAAGAAAAAAUAAAAUAAGUAUUUUAAAUCACAA